CUUGCACAAGGYACAGCAGCCCUUGGCCAGGGUGGGAGGCAUGGAGCCUCUCUGGCUGCUCCUCCUGCUCUUUGUCACAGAGUYGGGCGCAGCCCCCAACACCACAGUGCUCCAGGGCGUGGUGGGCCAGUCCCUGCAGGUCUCCUGCCCCUAUGACUCCACCAAGCACUGGGGGCGGCGAAAGGCCUGGUGCCGCCAGCUGGACCAGGAGGGCCCGUGCCAGCGCGUUGUCAGCACGCACAGCCUGUGGCUGCUGGCCUUCCUYAAGAAGUGGAAUGGGAGCACGGCCAUCACGGACGAUGCCCUGGGCGGCACCCUCACCAUCACCCUGCGGAAUCUUCAAGACCACGACGCUGGCCUCUACCAGUGCCAGAGCCUCCGUGGCAGUGAGGCCGACACGCUCCGGAAGGUGCUGGUAGAGGUGCUGGCAGACCCCCAGGAUCACCAGGACACGGAAGACCUCUGGGUCCCCGAGGAAUCUGGGAGCUUCGUGGCAGUGCCUGUGGAGCACAGUGUCUCCAGGGAGACCCCGUUUCCACCUACUUCCAUCCUCCUCCUCCUGGCCUUCAUCUUUCUCAGCAAGCUGCUGACUGCCGGCGCUCUCUGGGUGGCAGCCUGGCGGUGCCAGAAGCUGAGGAGCUUUCCAGCCAGCGGGCAGGGCUGUGGCGACGACCCAGGGCACCGGCUCCAGACGCUGUCAGGCUCCACGGACACAUGAGAGGAGAGGCCCCCAGAUGGGAGAAGCUGGGGAGAGGCCGUCCAGGGGCCACCCCAGCCUGCGCGCUCGCUCGAGACUCCUGGUUCUGCCCCAGCAAGACAUCACUCAGCCUGCACCCUGCUUGCUCUGGGGCCUGGAAGGAGGCCAUGUGUGUGUGUGUGUGUGUGUGUGUGUGUGUGUGUGUGUGUGUGUGUCUGUGUGGGGGGGAUAUGUUUUGGGAGGCAGGUCACUUCUC